AUGUCAGUCCAAGUCGUCGCCAAGAAGGCGGCGGAGGCGGCCGCAUUCGCCAAGGCCAUCAAGAAACCCUCCAAGUGCGUCACCGACUGCCUCGACGACCUCGCCAUACUAUCCAAGCACAUCAAGACGCUCCCGGCGACGCUCGAAACCGCCAACGACGCGGGCUUCUUUGAGCAAUUUGACACAAAGAAAAAAUGUCACGGAGAUUGUUGCUCGGACAACUUCUCGGGCGAGGAAUGCAACGCAAAGAGCCAAAUCGGUGGGGUGUUUGGCGCUCUUCGUGUCACUGAUGACCUGUUGAUGAGGAGGGCGUAUUUUAGGAAGCAGCAGCUUGACAACAAAACAACAUCACCUAACUCUAACUGA